AUGAAGGUUCCUACCAUUGCUGCUGUUUUAGGCCUUGCUGCCGUCUGCUCUGCUGAAGUGUUCUUGCACGAAACCUUUUCCGAUGGUCAAUCGUGGACCGAUCGUUGGACUCCAUCUACUUAUCGCGAAGACCUUGGCAAGAUGGAAGUGUCUCCUGGCAAGUGGUUCGUCGAUGAGGCCAAGAAUGCCGGUUUGAGAACCACCGAAGACUACCGCUUUUAUGCUGUGUCUACAAAGUUCAAGCCCUUCAACAACAAGGGAAAGGACUUGGUUAUUCAAUUGGACGUGAAGAACGAACAGAACAUCGAUUGUGGUGGAAGCUAUGUCAAGGUGUUCUCUGACAAGUUCGAUGCCAAGACCUUCAACGGUGACAGCGAUUACAACAUUAUGUUCGGUCCCGAUAUUUGCGGCACCAAAGCUAUUGUUCACGCCAUUUUCAACUACAAUGGUACCAACCACAACUUGAAGAAGACAAUCGUGGCACCCAACGAUGUUUACACCCACACCUACACCUUGAUUGUGAAGCCGGAUCAGACUUACCAAGUGUUGGUGGACGGUGAAGAGAAGGCUGCUGGUAGCAUGUUGGAGGACUGGGACUUCUUGCCUCCCAAGAAGAUUAACGAUCCUGAGGCCUCCAAGCCUGAAGAUUGGGUUGAUGAAGCUGAAAUUGAUGAUCCCGAGGACGUCAAGCCCGAAGGCUACGAUGAUGUUCCCGAAUAUAUCGCUGAUCCUGAAGCUAGCAAGCCUGAAGAUUGGGAUGAUGAUAUGGAUGGUGAAUGGGAAGCUCCUAGCAUUGUCAAUCCCGACUACAAGGGACCAUGGAAGGCAAAGAAGAUUCCUAACCCAGCAUACAAGGGACCUUGGGUUCAUCCCGAGAUUGAUAACCCCGACUACAAGGUGGAUAACGAGAUUUACGCUUACGAUUUCAACAACAUUGGUUUGGAUCUUUGGCAAGUCAAGUCCGGCACCAUCUUUGAUAACUUGUUGAUCACCGAUGAUGUAAAGGAGGCCGAAAAGAUCCGUGAGGAAUCGCUCGAACUUGCAAAGAAGGAGAAGGAUGCCAAGACUGCUCAUGACGAAGCAACCACCAAGAAGGAAGAGGAGGAGAAAGCCGAAAAGGCUGACGACGAGCCCAAGACUGCUGCCGCCGAAGAGAAAGUCGAGAUCGAUCUUAACCUUGAUGACGAAAUUCCCUCUGCAAAAGAAACCGAAGACAGACCUGCCAAGGAUGAGCUGUAG